AUGCAGUACUCAUUCGCAAAGGCCUGCCUUUUGGCACUCGCCACCACCACCAGCGUCCUCGCUCAAAUCCCCGGCUUCAAUGUCCUCACCGCACCAACCAGCCAGGAGGUCAUCCCGGCCGGCUCGACAUUCACCAUCAGAUGGACUCCCAGUAACCCUCCCGCGCCUAUCACCCUCUUCCUGAUACAGGGCAAGGAUGCUCAGAGUCUCAACAUCGCUGACAAAGCCAUCGCCAGCUCCAUCGACAGCUCCCUCGGCCACUUCGACUGGGCCGUCCCCGCCUCCGCCCCCUUCGCCGCCUACGGUAUCCUGCUCCAGCUCGACUCCAACCAUGCUCAAUUCCAAUACUCCAACCCAUUCACCAUCAGCGGUGGUGCAGGCGGUUCCACUAGCGAGACUGGCGCCAAGGGAGCCAUCAGCAUUUCCGCCGCCGAGCCCACCGGAGGAAAGUCAACCACCACCAUCAACGUCUCCCAGAUCUCCACCGCGCCCACCACCUCCUCCACAAAGGCCGCGUCCACCUCGACCAAGGCGGCGCCAUCCACCACCUCCGAGAAGGCCAGCUCGACUGCCGAGUCCACCACCAAGGCGGCGAGCACCACUGAGACCCCAUCCACCAAGGCGGCGAGCGCCACUGAGGCCCCAUCCACCAAGGCGCCUACCACCCCGCCAUCCGCUACCCACACCGGCGCUGCGCCCCGCAGCGCCAUUGGCGGCAGCGGCCUCCUCGGCGCUAUGGUCAUGGUGUUUGCGCUUUUCUAA